AUGCGCUUCUCGUCCAAACUUUACCUCCUCACUGCGCUGGGCUUAGCGGGUAUUGUGUAUUUCUCGUGGUACUUGAGUCUCCUACCUGCAGCUAUCAUACGGAGCGGAAACCGUCAGAGCCAGCGCUGGUAUAGAUUAGUCGUCUUCGGGGACUCGUGGAGUGACGACGACACGGUAUACAAGCCAACACAGAAGAAAUUUCCGUGCAUGUUGGAGAUUACAGAUGAAUCUCCAGAUUCUUCAUUCGGCGCCAUCAUCGAUAACAGCGAACUUGAGGCUCUCCAGCUCAAUACUACGGCAAAGGCCCCAGCCGCUGAUCUCAGCGAACAGAUAUCCGAAUGGCUGGAUAAAGAGGAGAGAGCUGCUCGCGGAGCUCCGAGAAACCAAGUUUCAAUACUAAAACAGAGCACUAUCUUUGUUGUGUCCUUCGGUACCUGGGACCUCUGGAAACUUGCCGAACAAGACCUGGAGACGGCGAAAAUAUCCGUUGAGAGAAUCGUAGAAAAGUUGUUUGCCAGUCUAAAUGGCCUCGCAAAGAAAUGGUCUCCGGGAAACACGAGGAUAAUCCUCUCGCUGCCUGUGGAUGUGACAUUCCUUCCCGCAUUCAAAACGAGGCAAGGGGUCGUCCACAAGGAUGGCGUGGUCGUUUCUGAACACUGGCACAGCCAAAUGCGGAUCCACGCCGAACAAUGGAAACACGGCUCGUUGUUUUUGCUCGACACAAACUCGUUUCUUGUCGACCAAGUACGAGAUAGACAACUAUGGGUUGGCGGGCUGAUCGAGGAAGAAGAGUUUGGCAAGAACGGAAUAGCGUGGGAAAACGUCAAUGACCCUUGCAUUGAAAUCAAGAAUCCUCCGUUGAAACCGACUAACUGCAGUGAUCCAGAAAAGUUUUUGUUCUGGUAG